CUCUCAAAAACACCUGCGUAGAGCCGGUGACGCGUCACGCGGAAGCCGUUAAGCUUUCCAAUCUCUCAUCAUUCGCCGCACUCAGAUCUCCUCCAUUUUAAUCUCUCGACAGAGGAAAAGGGAUUCAGUUCCCAUCGUCUGCAUUAUUAAUAUUUCACCAGCGCUUUUCCUCGGUGUGGUGGUGUAAGACACGCAGACUGCGUGGAUUGGCUGCGCGUCUCUUUUGUUUCCUGGAGGCGAGAUGAUGCUGAAGCUGCGUCGCUCGUGCCACCCGCUGUAGAGCAACAUUAUCAUCAUCAUCAUCAUCAUGACUGUUAUCCACGAGCCCAACAUGAACAAUUUGGAGUAACAAAAUCGGAUGGCUGUCAAAAUCAAGUGUUCCGGAUUAUACUGAAGUUAACGGGUUUAAGAGAUCCUCAGCGGCGGAAAGCAGACAAAGGCACAAAUGAAAUUCUCUGAAGACGACUAAGAAUCUGGGAGACAUUGUUAACACACACAGUCACACUUACACGGCUACACACACAUUUAUACACACAGAUGGCACUCGACAACACCGGCUUCUCCUCAUGCCCUGAAUCCCUGUCUCUCCCGGUCCCAGAGAAAGGGGAGGAGCCUGUGGAGGAGGCUCCAAAGGAUGCUCCACCCACCAGUGUACAGAACGCAUCCGAAGAGCUGGGCCAUGUGGUAACCACCGAGAUAGCUCCGCCCCCGCAGCCGGCAUCCAAUAACAGCAUGUCCUUCCAGGACAAGAUGGCUGCAAGGGAGGCACAAGCCAAUCAGCCCAGGAAGAAAGUCCAGGGGGCGGGGCAAGAGAGGGGCAGGUUCGGCUGGGCACGCAGCAAGCGUAAGAGGCAGCGCUAUGUGGAGAAGAACGGUCGCUGUAAUGUACAACAUGGUAACAUGCGGAAAACGUACCGUUACCUGACCGAUAUCUUCACAACGCUGGUGGAUCUGAACUGGCGUUGCUCUCUUCUAGUCUUUGUCAUGGCGUACGCAGGGACCUGGCUCUUCUUUGGAGCAAUAUGGUACCUCAUUGCAUACUGCAGGGGUGAUCUGGAUCAUUUAGAGGAUGAAUCGUGGACGCCGUGUGUGAAUAAUGUUAAUGGAUUCAUCUCAGCGUUUCUUUUCUCCAUUGAGACGGAGACGACCAUUGGCUACGGUCACCGUGUCAUUACCGAUCAGUGUCCCGUUGGCACAAUGUUACUCUUGCUGCAGGCUAUACUGGGAUCGAUGGUCAAUGCUUUUAUGGUUGGAUGUAUGUUUGUGAAGAUUUCUCAGCCAAACAAGCGUGCCGAGACGCUGGUGUUUUCUCGUAAUGCUGUCAUCUCGCAGAGGGACGACAAGCUUUGUCUGAUGUUCAGAGUCGGAGACUUGAGAUCUUCCCACAUCGUGGGCGCCAACAUGAGAGCCAAACUUAUCAAAUCCAAACAGACGCAAGAGGGUGAGUUUAUUCCUCUGGAUCAGACAGACAUCAGUGUGGGUUUCGAGACGGGAGAUGAUCGUCUGUUCCUGGUAUCUCCGCUCGUGAUCUCUCACGAGAUCGAUGCUCGCUCUCCGUUCUGGGACAUGUCGCAAUCCCAGCUGGAGAAAGAGGACUUUGAGAUCGUCGUCAUCCUGGAAGGGAUGGUGGAGGCCACAGGAAUGACCUGUCAGGCGCGGAGCUCCUACCUGGGUGAAGAAGUCUUAUGGGGUCACAGGUUCAGCCCCAUGAUGUCACUGGCCGAGGGAUUUUUUGACGUGGACUACGGCGCCUUUCACCAUACCUUUGAGGUGGACACGCCCUCCUGUUCUGCGAGAGAGCUGGCAUUGGCCGCUGCUCGUUUGGACGCUCACCUCUACUGGUCGAUUUCCAGUCGUCUUGAUGAAGAGAAAUGGGAGGGGCCUAAUCUGAGUGUGCAAACGGGGAAGUCCAAUGAUUCUGAAUCUGUAAGGGAGGGGGAUGGGCCAACACUAAUUGUGGGUGGAGUUACGAAUACACAGGACCAAUCAGUUGUUGGGGAGCAGAACGGCAGUGUCACGACUGACCAAUCAGAGUCUGAGGCUUGAAAGGCUACAAGAAUGUAAAAUAAGGUACGCAAAGUGGUCGUGUAAAUAUAACUUCAAUUGGAUUGUUCGAGGAUCCAAUUUAUAUUCUUUUAAGGUUUUAAAUGUAUAGUUGCUAAUGCCUAGCAUAGUAUACUUUCCCCAAAGGGGAAAUACUAGCGUCUCCUUGCUGUGUUUUCAGUCGAUUUUAAACGUGUGAUGUUUCAGACGACACUGCCUUCGAAUGCACACAUUAGCUCUGUUACAAACUCUAGUGAGCUGCAUUGCUGUCUACAUACCGUAGUAAGCUACCUUCUGAGGGAUCGUCCUAGCUGAAACGAAACCUCGUAAGGGACCGAUUUGAAAUGCUUAACACAGCACAAAGAGCGCUUUUCACAGGUAGCCACAUUCAAAUAGAGAUAUAUUAGCUGUAAUUCAAUUUAAUAAAUACUUUUUAGUAAUGAAUAAUAAAAUAUGGUAUAUUACCUUAAUGAUA